GGAGAAUGAGGGGGAGGGAGGGAAGUGUAGAGAAAGAGGGAGAGAGCAAGGGAAGGAGGGAGACAGAAAAAACAGUCUCUGCUUUCCAUCUGCUGAGGCUGCCAAUGAGAGGGCGCUUUGGUGAACAUUUGAGCACUCCUUCUCUGACUCACAGCGCUGAAGUUGCAUCCCUCUGGAUGUCAGGAAGAAGUGCUGUACCAGUGUCAAGACAGAGAGAGAGAGAGGGCAAGAGAGAGAGAGGGAAAGAGAAACAGAGGGAGGGAGAGAGGGAGAGAGAGAGAGAGAGUGGGAGGAAAAAAAGGGGAAGACGAUAGGCUGUCCCACUUAACUUCUGUGCUCUGAUGUCACAAAACACAUGACCCAGCCUCUCCAGUAACGGCACUUUGCGAGGGAAAAAAAGCGCAUUUUAAAGCUUACACGUUUUUGGAUGGUGAGAAUGUUUCAUUCCCCUCACAAACAACCACAGAACCACAAGUGCGGUGCGAGAUUUUUCCCCAGGACCACGGGAGGGAGCAGCCGGGGCCUAAAUGGUUAAUGAGCGCGGGUCAACCCCAGUCACAGCGCCCCAACAAGCCACUCAGGACUUCAAGGGUCAUAACGACCUGAGAGGAGAGCCCCCCAUCCCAGGAUAACCAGAGCGCGUGGCUACUGGCUAUGGCAUCCAACAGCCUGUUCAGCUCGGUGACUCCAUGUCAGAACUUCUUCUGGGAUCCCAGCACAAGUCGGAGGUUCAGCCCGCCGUCCAACAGUCUCCAGACAGUCCCCGGGAAAAUGAACGAUGUGAACGCUGCCACAACCCAGCAAGACGGGACCUCAGCCGUGCCGAGACUUCGGCCUCACGACAAUCGGACGAUGGUGGAGAUCAUUGCAGAUCACCCCGCAGAACUUGUUCGGACGGACAGUCCAAACUUCCUUUGCUCCGUAUUACCAUCGCAUUGGAGGUGUAACAAAACCUUGCCUGUUGCUUUCAAGGUUGUGGCAUUAGGGGACGUCCCGGAUGGCACAGUUGUCACAGUGAUGGCAGGGAACGACGAGAACUACUCGGCAGAGCUCCGCAAUGCUUCGGCCGUCAUGAAGAAUCAAGUGGCUCGCUUUAACGACCUGAGAUUCGUGGGCAGGAGUGGUCGAGGCAAGAGCUUCACGCUGACAAUCACAGUAUUCACGAACCCACCCCAAGUGGCCACUUACCACCGAGCCAUAAAGGUCACCGUGGACGGCCCGCGGGAGCCAAGACGACACAGACAGAAGCUGGAGGACCCUCCGAAGGCCGGCCUGUUCUCGGAACGUCUGAGCGAGCUGGAGAGGCUCCGACAGAGGGUCGCCGUGCCAACGCAGAGCCCACGGCCGAUGCUCAACGCCACGGCGAACUCGUUCAACCCACAGGGCCAGAAUCAGAACUCAGACCCACGGCAGUCCCAGUCCUCUCCUCCCUGGUCGUACGAGCAGCCCUACACCCCUUACCUGAGCCAAAUGACCUCCCCCUCCAUCCACUCCACCACUCCACUCUCCUCCACCCGCGCCACCGGCCUGCCCGCCAUCAGCGACGUGCCAAGACGGCUCUCAGGUACCUCCGAUCUGAGCCCCUUCUCCGCCGACCCGCGCCAGUUCGAGCGCCAGUUCUCCAGCCUGUCCACGCUGACGGACAGCCGCUUCCCCAGCCCGCGCAUGCACUACCCGGCCACCUUCACCUACACGCCCACCCCCGUGACCUCCGGCAUGUCCCUGGGCAUGUCCACCACCACCCACUACCACCACACCUACCUGCCGCCCCCCUACCCGGGCUCCACGCAGAACCAGACGGGCCCCUUCCAGACCAGCAGCACCCCGUACCUCUACUACGGAGCCUCCGCUGGCUCCUACCAGUUCUCCAUGGUGCCGGGGGGAGGCGACCGCUCCCCGUCCAGGAUGCUGCCCCCCUGCACCAGCGCCUCCACGGGCAGCUCCCUCAUCAACCCCAACCUGCCCAACCAGACGGACAACGGAGGGGAGGCCGACGGGAGCCACAGCAGCUCCCCCACCGUGCUCAACUCCAGCGGCAGGAUGGACGAGUCCGUCUGGAGGCCUUAUUGAGCA